AUGCUGCAGGUCGACGUCGUCGACGAUCUCUACCGCGGGCACCUGGCAGCGGCGCGCGGGGCUGCGUUGUUCCCGGGCGGCCUCGACGACGUGGGCUCCGUGUACGCCGCAGGCAGUGCAGGGCCCAGCCCGACGGCGCUGUGCGUCGGGAGGCCGUCUCCGUCUCCGUCGCCGUCGCCGUCGUCGUCCACCACGGCGCUCAGCCUGCUGCUGCGCUCGUCGAUGUUCCAGGAGCUCGUGGCGCGGAACGCUGGCGGAGACGCGCAGCAGCAGCAGCUCGUGCUCGCGGGCCAAGGGGCAGUGUCGCCGCACGUCGUCGUUGACGCCAAAGUUGAGCAGCACGACGAGCCGGAGGCGGAGGGCGAGCUGGGCCACGGUGGCGAGCUCUACGGCGCGGUGGGGGCGGACGAGGACGAGGACGCGUUGGCAUGCUCCAUGUACGAGCUCGACGACAGCUUCGCGCGCAUCGAGCAGUCGCUUUGGGGCUGCCUACGAUCAUCGGAUGGAUCUGAUCUCAAUCUCUGA